AUGUCUCCCUUACUUCUCAUCGUUUUUCUGGGCGUCGUUUCGACCGUAUACGGUCAAAGCAGUCGGAUUCCAUUCGUUCGAUUUGCUUCGACAACGCCGAAUAAUGUUGUGGAGAGAAAGGUUGAGAUCGAAAAUGGCACGGAGGCUCAAUCCUUGGCGCCUGAUUUGGGAAUGGAGGUGAAUCUGAAUGACUUCGGCGGGAAUUACACAACCGACAUGCCGCUGGAGAUGCUGCUUUUGAGAGCCGAGAUGGAGAAUCGUAAGCCAAAUUUUAGAGUUUUUCGUAUAGUAAUGCGGGUUCAGUUUUGAUGAAACGUGGCACAAAUUUAAAACAAUCUUUUCUAGCACAGCUGCGAGUCUCUUGGCUCGCUCUUUGCAGAAAAAACCAAGAUUUUCAGUCCAGACGUUCGUCCAAAUUUGACUAUUUUGUGGCGAGUUUAUCCAUGAAAAGUUGCAGCCUAAUUUUUGACAAAGAGAACAACAUUUCCAGAAAAAGAAUCUUUUCGCGCGCACAGGACAAAAAAUACGCAAAAAGGCAUUUUUUCUCUAUCCGCUCUCCACAUUACGUGUAUUCUCUUCUCGGCAAAAGACGUUGAACAUCUCGGCCCUCCAUGCAAAUCGCAAUCUAAAAUUUUAGCGCGUUACUGUCGCUAAAAUUUUAGAUUAGGCCGAGGGUGUGCGGAAAACUCGAAGAAAACCUGAGCCCGCAUUUACAGAGACGGACCCGAUCCAGUGGGCAAAAAACGUGCCAUUUUGCACCUGGGAGGUAAUAAAAAUGUGGCAAAAUGCUUCCCUCUCCAAGUGAAAAAACUUCGUUUUGAAGGGUGCGCUUUUGAAUUCGGAGUUUUUUCGCUUGGAGAGGGAGGUAUUUUGCCACAUUUUUAUGCUUCCCGGAUGCAAAAUUGGUACGUUUUUCGCCACUGGACCAGGUCCGCCACUGUAGGAAACCUUCGGAAAUCAAAAAAUUUUAGCCCGCUUUGAAGAAACCAUCAAUUUUCAGGAAACGCAGGGCCAAUGUAUUGGCCCUUCGAAUCCUUCUGUUUGUUCGAUUCGCAAUGUAAUACCCAUUGUGGUUCACAUCAAACUGUCUGUGAAGGAAGUCUGAAUUCGACUUGUUUGGAAUCCACCUGUUAUCGAGGCACUUGUUUCUAUUGCUGUGAAAAGGAGCAUGGAGAAUGCAAAUAUCCGAUUCCAGGGAUCGAAAGGCAUCAUCAGCGUCGUGGAUAA